AUGAGUAUAUUUUCGAUUGAAGAAAAAAAAAACAAGAUGAAAAUUUAUAUAACCUAUUCAAUAGCAUAAGGAGACUGUUUAUUGGAAAUCGAAUUAAUUUCUAAAUAAAUUAAUUUUACCCUAUUUUCUGUUAUUUACUUAUUUUUGGAAGCUCCAUUUGAACAUUUCAAACUUUAAAAUUAGAAUGAUGGUUUUACUUCAAUUACUGUUUUUCUUGAAAUUUUGAAGAAAGUUUAAAAAGAUCCUAUAAAAGGAACAUCUAGUGUUCUAAUUAAUUAACUAAUAGAUUGUUAUGACUAAAUAGAAGCUGAUUUGAAUUAAAGAUUAAUCGAUCUUGAUGAGUUUCUAAAUAAUCCAAAAUUUUUGGAUGAAAAUCAUUUAAAUUAAGGAGACGUAUCAUUAUUAAGAAAAAUACAACAUAUUGAUUCACGAAUUUCAAAUAUAUAUAAAAAUCGAAAUCCAUAAUGGUAAUUACUCUUUAUAAUGGAAACAACAGUAACUUAAAUUUGGAAUGGUGAAGAGAAGAAAAUAAUAAUAUUAGGAAAAACAGAUAUGUCAAUAUAAAAUUAUGUUGAUCAAUUAAAAAAAGUCUACCAAAAUAAAAUCGAAUUUAAACCUCUUUUUAGUUAAAAAUUAUAUACUCCUUCAUAAACUAUAAUUGAUAAAAAAUAUUUUCAUAAGUAACUUUUGGCCUUCAUUCCUAAUUCAAAAGUGUAUCUGAAAAUAAAUGAAAAUAAGAACUCUUCAAUACAUUAUGAAUUUUAUUAUCUAACAAAAGAAUUUGUAUAAAACUUUGAGAAACUUUUGUACAAUUUUAUAGAUAAACAUAAAUCAGAAUACGAAGUAGAUAAAUUAAAUAGUAAGGAUUCUAAUUAAGAGGUGAAUGAGUAAACUGAGGAAGGGAUUGAAUAGACUAUAAAAUCAAAAAAUUAAGAAUAAACAAAAAAGAUUGAAAAUGAAUAAUAAGAAUAAAUUUAAAAUAAGUUAAUUAAAAGUUAGACGGCUCAAUUAGAAAAAGAUAAUUUACCUAAAAUAAUUCAAUAAGAUGAGAAAUUAGAUAAUCUUACUAAUUGCGAAGAAUUAAAUAGCAGUCUCGAUGAUGCAUUUUCUUAUCAUAGUUUUAAAGAUUCUGGGUUUGAUCUUAAUGAAAAAUUUUUCGGUAUCCCUUAAAAUUAUUAGUUAUCAGUGUAAAGCUAACAAAUAGUUUAAGAUGCAUCAAAGUUGAUAAAAGGCUAAGAAGGUCUCUUGAAAGCUUUUUUAUUUAUAGCUGCAGCUAAGAAAUAAAUGGGAAAUGAUUAUUGA